AGCUACAUUAAUGAUGGCAUUUCUAUUUCUAAAUAAAAAGGCUGUUUGGAGUAUUCUCUGUUCCUGCACCUUCGUUUUCUGUCUUCUUCCCACAGCAUUUUGUUCUGGACGUUUGCAAAAACUUGAUCUACCAGUUCCUGGUCCCGAGUCCUAUGCAUUCGAUUUGGCAGGUCAUGGACCUUACACAGGCGUUGCUGAUGGAAGAAUUCUCAAAUAUGAAGGACCAAUCCUUGGUUUCGUCGAGUAUGGAUACACGAAAGAGAACAGGUCCAAGCAAUUAUGUGAUAAUAUUGAUACAACAGACCUAGCAAAAAUUUGUGGGAGGCCACUUGGUAUAGGGUUUUACUACAAGACUGGAGAGCUCUACACAGCAGAUGCUGGUCUAGGCCUUGUAGUGGUUAGACCUGAAGGAGGUCCUGGAAAACAACUUGCCUCUGGUGCAGAGGGCGUGCCAUUUGGCUUGCCUGAUGGCCUUGAAGUUGAUCAAGAAACUGGAGUUAUAUACUUUACGGAAGCAAGCUCCCGCUACAAUAUCAGUCAAAUUUCACAAAUAAUUUCCACUAGAGACGCAUCAGGAAGGUUAUUGAAAUAUGAUCCACAAACGAAGAAAGUCACAGUAUUGCUCAGAAGUCUUGCAGGGCCAGCAGGGGUGGCAAUUAGCAGAGAUGGCUCGUAUAUUCUUGUGACAGAAUUUCUGAACCAAAGAGUCUUGAAGUAUUGGUUGAAGGGAACCCUUGCAAAUACAACACGAGUUCUGGUAAACCUGUCAGGAUCGCCAGAUAAGAUCAAGAGGAACUCUAGAGGCGAUUAUUGGAUUGGAUUGAAUGUUCAAAGCCAAGGGCCAAAUCCCACGACAAUAAUUCAAGGACAAAGGAUAAAUGGAAAAGGGCAUAUAUUGGAAACAAUAACCUUUAGCCCUGAUUUUAAUGCGUCAGUGAUCACAGAAGUUCAAGAAAACAAGGGUGCACUAUACUUAGGUUCUCUAUUUGUUGGAUAUGUGGGAGUAUACAGGAAAUUUCCGUUAACAUUGAUAUGAUGAUAGAUGAGAACUGAGAAUCAAUAAGCUGAUUACACAGGGCUUUGCCAUUAUUCUUUUGAAAAUCCAUAAAGUGCAGACAAAAAUGAACACCAUUUGAUUGCAUAUGUUACUUUUUUUUUGACCUUUUUUUUUGUCCCUUUGGAGAAAAAUGGAGUAUGAAUGCAUGUUUCAAGUUUCAAUUGUUGA